AAAAAAACACGUAAAAUUAAAUGAAUUUUAACUUAAUCACGUAAAACAAUUAUACAUGGCGUGAUGUUACAUAUUUUAUGAAUAUAUCGAAACGCAGAAGACAGUUCGAAGUGAAGUUUCGAAUGGAAACGUUGCCAAUUCGACGUUGCAUUAUUGUAAUGUGCAUCCAUACGAAUACAUUGUUUGAAAAAACAUGUUACUUGUUGACAUGUUACUCGACAGCAGACAAAAAAACGUAUCGUAGAACGAAAAGCAAGAAUCCAUGCAAAUCCUACAAUGAUCUAAUGAUCAAAUGAUCGUCGUGUAUCACAGUGCCUUAGGUCUUAAAUUAAUCUUGAGAAACAACCGGCGGUUGCUGGGUGAAUUCGUAUUUUUAAACGAAAUAGUCAGUUACCGAUAAGUGCAUCGAGAACGCUUCUCGUUUCAUUUCAGUGAUUCGUAAAUAUACUCGAUGUGUAAAAAUGAGCGAUAGUAAUAUCAUUUCCCAAAUAUAUCCAAUAAGCAAUUAUUAUAUUUUCUCAAGCAUAGAAAAGAUGAGGAUUAAAUUUGAAAAACACGUGGGAGGACGAUAAAUUUUUGAUUAUGGCCGCUUGCCAUCCAACACCGGCGAUUCAACAUUUGCAGGAAUCGUCUCAGUUCGGCCUUGGACCUAUGAACGCUCUCGGUAGCCAAGGUCGAAAACCUCUUCACCAACCACAUUAUCCGCCCCAUUUGCUCAAUUGGGUCUAUCUAGCAAUUGCCGAUCAAAAUUCUGCUCAAACCCGAGAUCAGAACAAACUUGUUCCGACAAUCUGGAGCGGUUUUUCAACAACGACGUCACAAACUCAUUCUCAUCAUGAUACAUUCGAUCCUUCUUGCGCUAUAAGUGGCAAUUUUGCGGACAAUAUCAACGAACUUGCAGAUCGUUUCAGAGAAUUGGGUCUAUUAGAUAGAAAACCAACGAAAAGGCCACCACCUAGUUAUCUCUGUCAUCUGUGUUUCAAGAAAGGUCAUUAUAUCAAAGAUUGUCCGCAGGCAAGACCAAAGGGUGAGGGUUUAACACCGUAUCAAGGGAAAAAACGAUGCUUCGGAGAAUACAAAUGUCCCAAAUGCAAACGCAAAUGGAUGUCGGGUAAUAGCUGGGCCAAUAUGGGCCAGGAAUGUAUUAAAUGUCAUAUAAACGUCUAUCCUCAUAAACAAAUUGUCCAUUUCUAAAUUUGUCUUGACUGGAACGCGCCGCGCCGCGCCGCGCCUUCUUUCGAUGUUUUUGAUUCCGUCUCAUAGAGUCGAAAUAUUAUAUGCGUACACAUCUAUAAGUCUACAAAAUAAAAAAUACGGAGACCGUAUAUGUUUUCUAUAUUUAAAAAUUCAAGCAGCACAGCUGCUUUUAAUAUUAUUUAACGCGUUUCUUUGAUACAACAUUGUCUACAUGUUAAAAUGUCAAAUGUUCUAACGAUUCCAACUUUCGAUUACAAAUUUUGCAGAAAUUUGUAUUAUUGAAAUUGAGAUAAAUUGUAUAUACACAGCAUAAUUAUUUGUGAUAAAAUUGCGAAAAAUCACAGGUAUGUUACAAGAUGUUCCAACUUGCUUCUUCUCUUGAGCUUAUGCAUUUCAAAUUUUACAUAUUUGUAUGUACAUACAUACUUACAUAAAAGAUAAAGAAACGGAAAAAAAAAUAUUAAUAAAAAAAGAUUAAGACGAUCGAUCUGUUCUAUCUUGCAAACUGCACAUAUUAUUAUCGUAUAAUUGCAACAAUUAUCGAUUUAUCACUCGUUCGCCUAGGAACAAUUUAAUGAUUAUAUUAAUGAUAUCGUAAUUCGUGUUGUCGUAUCUCAAUACAUCGUAGGUAAGUAUAUAUCGGUAUUAAUAAAAAGCAAUAUAAAUAAUUAAAUUUUCAUAAAAAUACUUAACUUAUACAUAUCUAACGAUGAUGAUACAAUGAUACUCGUAACGACGAGAACGAUAAUGAUAGCUAUUAUAAAGAUAAUCGAAUUCCACGAAAUACGAUACCGAAUCAUAGAUAUUACAAUCAUUUAUGUAUAUAUACGUAUAAUGUGUUAAUAAUAAUAUCAAAUGAAUUAUUAUACAUUAUUAUUAAUACAUAUCAUAAUUUCAAAUAUACAAGAAGCCAAAGGUUCACCUACUGUAACAUGUAGCAAAUUCUUUUUCGCUAAAACUUCACCCAAAAAUUUCUGUGUCGCAAAAAUAAUGAUACAAUAUUCAUAACGAAUGUACAAUGGUCAAGGAUUAGUUACGACGAACAGACGAUCAGCCGCAGGAUCUUCGCUAAAAUAUGCCGCUGAAUUAAACAUCGUCGUCGCUGCGGAAUCUACAGUCACUGUCUGUAAAAGAUAAAAAUAUUCAAUUAUUCUUUUACUUAUUAUUCUAUUAUUUGUCUUAUUAUAUCUAUUUAUUAAAUAUAGUUAUAAAUAUGUAUAUACAAUUAUAGUAAAAAUAUUAUACUUUAUGCAAAUUCAACUGUAAUAAAUUAUGUUAUCAAAAUUAUAAAUAAUUCUGUUUUGAUGACAAAAUAUUGUGAAUGUAUAGAUGAUGUGGAAUAAUGGAAUAAUAUAUAGAGCAAGUUUCUUUAUUAAUA